GCAUAAUGAAGUCGGUGUUGAUGGCUGAGGCAUUGUGUCAAUGUGCAAGUGGCUUUUGUGCAGAAGCACGUCAGGCACAGCUGGCGUUGUUCGACCUUUAUACCAAAAGAGCGCACGAAGACAGAAAAGCUGCAGUGGAGUAGCAGGCUGCUAGGCCUUUAAUUUCUGGAAACCUUGUCAAGUUUCUUAACAUAUUUGGGCUCCGUUUAAUAGCUGCUUGGCUCUUCUCUUGGAGUCAUCGGCAGUGCCACUUGUGCGCUAGUCAGGAGCGGUUCACUGCUCUUCAAGAGGGUGCCACUCUGAGUAGUGCUGAACCUUCUGCAUCCGCGGCGCAGAUCAGACAGGCGUAUCAUGUUGGGGGGCCUGGAUUUGGAGUUUCCACAUGUCUCCGAGCAGCAGGAUCCCUGUGGCGACGACUCUGAGGCCAGGAUGGAGCCUCAGCUGUUGAAGCAGCCGCUGCUCAACUAUGGCCAGGAGUUGCUGACUGCCCUCAAGGAGGAGCAGGGCAUCGAGCGUGUAGGCUUUGCCCUUCAGGGGAUCAGCCGCGCUGAUCUGCAGGCCAGCAAACAACGUGAUUCCAAGGAUCCACUGCUUCAGGAUCCAGCGAAACGGUCAAAGUUCAUCCGUUUUCUGGCACACAAGGCGGACAUGCUGUACAAGUCCUGGGACUCUGUGCCUGUAUGCUCCACAACAGAUGGCGAAAAUGAAGAGCUUUGUGCUGUCAUGCCUCCUUUGGAGAGCUUCAUGAGUGUGCCUGCCAGUGAACGGAAGAAACAUUUUUUCGAGUGCCUGAAGAAGGGCGACACAGUGAUUGGCCAAGUGAGCGGCAAGCAGGAGAAUGGCCUCUUUGUCACCCUGGUCUGCAUGGACGGGGGUCUGCGCCGUGAGAUUCACGACCUUGCCAUUAAGGCUUUCUGCCCUCUGAAUCAGGUGCCCACAUUCUCAGCUCAUGAGAGCCCGUUUGACGUGUUUCAAACCAAGGACCUUGUUAGAGCUGUCGUGAUUAGCUGCUCUUCUGAGUCCGAGCGCAUCAUUCUGUCCAUGAAGCCAGAUGCACUUCCAGCAGACCAGCAACACUUGAUGAAGCUAGGCUUGAUUACCGAGGAAGAGAUCCCUUCCCACCACAAGCGGCUGAUAAGCACUCAUGGCCGCUCAUAUCAGGAAGUCCUUGAGAGAACCAUCGGUUUCAACAACCCAACCACAGCUAGCCAUCUCUGUUCAGCAUUGGGCAUCCCGUCUUGGAGGCAGGCAUCUCUUACCAAGGCUUUGCAUAUGAAAGAAUACCCCAAAGAAGAGUAUGCAACAGCUCUGCGGAAGGCCCAGUCGUCCAAGUGGGCCUACAAGAGCCUGAAAGACGGAGUGAUGCACUUCAAGGCUGGCAACCACAGUGAGGCAUUUGCCUGCCUCAACAAGGCCCUCCAGAUUGACCCCGAGAACGUGGAGGCUCUGGUGGCACGGGGUGCUCUGUUUGCAAAUAACAGCAACUUGCGACGUGCCCUGGAAGACUUUGAGCAGGCACUGACUUUGAAUCCAAACCAUCCCAAUGCCCGCAAGUACAUGUCCGAGACCCUGGUUGCCCUCGGACGCUACUACGAGGAGAGGGGUGACUUGGAAGGUGCGGUCAAGACAUACAAGAAGGCAGUGAAAGUGAACCUGAGCAACACGGAUGCCCGGGAAGCCCUCAUUGCCAUGGAAGUCAAGGAACGCAAGAAGGAGGCCGAGCCCUUAGUGCCCCAAGAUACCCGGUCACUGUCAAGCCAGGCCUCGCUGCUUGCUGAACUUCAAGGCGAGAUUAGCAAGCCCACAAAGGACACUCGGGAGAAGCUGCGUCUUCUUCUCAAGGAUGAAGUGGAGAAAAAGCACAAGAAACGGCGCCGCCAUCGUAGUUCCUCUUCAUCGUCCUGGUCAUCAACUUCCUCAUCAGGAGCAUCAUCACGUUCCUCGUCAUCCAGCGGUUACAAACGUCACAGUCGCAGGCACCACCGCUCAAGAAGAUCUCGCAAGGACCGCAAGGAAAGCAAAGCUGAGCGGCACCGUGGCUCCAAGAAAAAGCGAAAGUCACGCGAUGGCCACCGUGCCAACACCAGCCCUCCCCCUGAAGAAGUUGCUCCAGCCGCCACUGGCAGCACUGCUCCUGGUGGCACAGCUUCAGAAAGCUACUGGAAGGACGAGCCUGCUGUGGUGCUUUCCUCGCCCCCGGCCGAGGCGACAAAGGCUGCUGCGCAACGCAGCUCCCUGUCGCCGUUGUCAAAGAAACUGGCGCACCUCUACGAGGACGAAGACGAGGUGGAGAUAAUGAAGGGAGCCGCGUCGAUGACCACAACGAUGUCGCCCAAGGUGACCUUCCUGAUGAAGUCUAACCAGGAGAUACAGGCGCCGCGCCUGUUCAACGUCGACGCCAAGUCGGCCGCUGCGAGCACGGCAUACUACGAGCGUAAGGACCGCUCAUCAGAGUCGGCGAGAGCCCCGUCAGCCGAGCCUGCGCAGUCGGCGCCGCGCAUCGAGUCUGUGGUGAAGCGCACCGAGCCGCAGCCGGCACCCGAGCGCAAGGGGAUCGAGUUCAAGUGGAAGGCCGUGAAGAAGCCGCUGACACACGCGGGCGACAGCCACGAAGAAGGCUCGGUGAGCUCGGUCGAGCACCGUGAGGACGCGCCACAGCAGCAGCCGUCACGGGGCGCCGACGACAAGACGGCGGCGUCCAGCCACGAGGAAGGCUCCAUUCACUCGGACUCGGAGCCGGCCAAGCGCAAGAAGGACCGCUCGAGCAGCCGCGAGAGCAGCCCCAAGGACGACGACGACGAGGGCCACGGCAAGGGCAAGCGCAAGCUGCGCCGCCGCUCGCGCGCAGACUCCGAGAGCUACUCGUCCUCGGGCCGGUCCAAGUCGCCCGUUCGGAGGCGCCGCAGCAGCCGGCGCAGCGCCGACCACUCGGACGACUACUCGACCGAUCGAUCGAGCGUGGCGUCCCGGGGCCGCCGCCGCCGUAGCAGCCGUGGCGGCCGUAGCUCGGACAGCUCACGCGACGACUCGCGCCGCCGCCGGUACUCGUCAGAGGACUCGCGCGACGGCCGCCGCCGCAGCCGCAGUUACAGCUCGGACACAGACGGCUCGCACCGCCGCCACUCGCCCAUGCGGCGCGGAGGUUACCGGCCCUACUACUACAACAACAACCGGGGCGGAUACUACAAGGGCAACUUCAACAACCGCCGCUACAACAACUACCGCGGCGGCUACCAGAACAACCGAUACUUCCGGGGCGGCCGUGGAGGGCGCCGUCCGUUCCGGCCCUACUACAACAACCGGACAUCGCCGCGCUCCUACUACAACAGCGGAGGCGGCAGCUACCAGCGCAGCAGCUACAGCCGCGACCGGCGCUCGGACUCCGAGACGCCGCAGGAUCGAUCCUUCUGCCCGCCGUGGAAGCGCCGCAACCCCAUCGUGAGUCGCGCGCCCGACGCCGAGGAGUUGAAGAAGCUGCGGGAGGCGGCGGCGCAGCGUGCCCAGGAGAAGCAGGAACUGGCGGCGGCCGAGGGCGGCGCCAGCACCAGCACGCAGCGCAUCAACAAGGCGACCAUCAUCCGCAACUGGCUGGACGACGGCGACUCGCGGUCCCCGCCGCGGAGCCCGCCGCCGUCGCGCAAGAAGGACGAUGCCCCGCCGCUGCCGCCGCCGCUGCCAACGGACGCCCCGCCGCUACCGGAGGGCGACUGAGGAGCUUUCAUUAUCCAUCUUGUCAUCUUUCAUUCGCCCUGUGGAAUGCCCAAGCACCGUGUGUCAUGCUCUUGCGUGCUCUGGCUGCGUCGAGAAAAUGAAAUUCAUCAGGCAUUCCCAUUGAAGCAAGAAGGGGAGGGGGAGACGGUAGCUGGGCCGAGGAAAAAAAAAUAAACAUUGUGCUAUGUUUGGUUAGCUACAGCCAGCUCCAUUAUUGCUCCUGACUAGAAAAAAAACCAGAGAGCAACUCAUUUUUACUUUUGUUCUCCCGUUCCUGCACGCAAAUUGUAUUGGAGACACCGUUUUUUUUUUUUUUUUUUCCUUGCUUUGUCCUUGUACAUAGAACAAUAAAAUGUUUACGUGCAAA